ACCAUUUGUCGUUGUCCCAAGUUUCAAAUGAAGAGCAGCGCAUGGGUUGUGUGUUCACUGUCCAAUGCCAUUCAACGCAAGGGAAGGGUGGAAAAGGAUGCAUUGAUGGCAGAGAGGAAGGAAGUUCUGGUGGUGUGUGGAGAUAAUAUGAGCACAGGGAUUAGAACAUGGGAUGUGGAAACAGGGGAGGAGCUUCUCCGAAUACCAACCUGUGCAUCACCUCCUCAUGGCCUGCUCUGCGUGAGGGACACCUUCCUUGUUGCUUCUCAGCUUCAGACUCAUCGCCCCUAUGGCGGGGGUGCCAUCUUCUUCUGGGCUCUCAACAAGCCACGAGCACCGCAUAGGAGCUAUCCAAUGGAGGAAAUUGGACCCAUUGUUUGCUCCAAGGAUGGGAUAUAUCUCGUUGGUGGAGCUCUUUCCGGCAACACAUACAUAUGGGAGGUCACAAGUGGAAGAUUGCUUAAACACUGGCAUGCCCAUCAUGGUUCUCUGAUUUGUUUAGCCUUUUCCCCUGAUGAUUCUCUCCUAAUUUCUGGCUCUGAAGAUGGUGUCAUUUGUGUUUGGCACAUGAUAAGUUUGCUAGAUAUUGCCGAUCUGCCAGCAUGUGGUAAUCUGGCCCCUCUUCAUAUUCUGUCCGAGCAUGUAUCAUCUAUAACUAGUCUGCUGCCAAUGUCUAGCCAUUCAGAACCAACGUUGAUAUCAAGCUCCCUUGAUGGCAUGUGCAAGGUGUGGAACAUCAUUUCUGGAAAGAUGGUGCAUAAUCACAUCUUUCCAGUUUCUAUAACUUCAAUAGCUAUGGAUCCCGGUGAACAAACAUUGCUCACUGGUUGUGAAGAUGGAAAAAUUUAUAUGACUGCAAUAAUUGUUGGGCUGGAAGAAGAUCAGACUGUCAUUCCUGGAGAUGAAUCUGGAAUUUGUUCGAAACACAAAGGAGCUAUAACCGCCUUGAAGUUCAGUUUGGAAGGGAAACUCUUGUUUUCUGCAUCUAAAGAUCACUUGAUUUGCAUUUGGGAUGCUUCCAAUUGGCAGCUUAUUCGGAGUUUUAAUUAUGGAAAAGGUCACAUAACAAAUAUGGUGAUCGUCCCAAAAUCAUCUCUUUCAAUGUUUGGAAACAAGAGAAAUCUCCCUAGACUGCGCAUUUCCAUACUGGACAAGGCUCCUCAGCAAAAUGAUGCAGCAGAAGGAACUCCGACACUUCUACAAGUACAUUGUCCUCAGGAAGAUAAUCUUCGCUUCAAAAGCUCUCCACUCUUGAAAAAACAAAUUCUUGAUCUAGAGCAAGACAGGACACCAGAGGCAAUUCAAAUGAAAGUCGAGACUGCAAUUGAGAACCGGUUAUGGACUAUUGGAAUGACAAAGCAUGUAAUGAGCAUUAACAGACAGUUGCAGUUAAGAUUGGUGGAUAUGAUGGAGCAAAGGUUAUGCCUGGAUGCUCAGAAGAGUCGAAAGAAAGGUAGGGCUAACAUACCUGAUGACAGAAAGGACCCAUCUAAUCCAUGAUAAUGGAAAUGUUCAGGUAUCUCCAAGUUAAACAAUGAAAUCUUUUCUUCUAGCUAU